CGUGCGACUCAUAAGCGACGCGAUAUGAACGUGAUAAAUUAUAUGCUUCUACUCCGCGGCCAGGCACUGUAUUCACAUUUCUCAUUGUUAUACUGUGGAAAGAUGCCUUCUGUUGUACCUCCCGAGCUCCACGCGCUUCCGAAAUGGGAGAGACCAGAGAAAACCAAUGAGAUCCUUGACUGGGCAGACAUCAAGGUGAUUGACCUAUCGAAUUUUGAUGGACCUGGACAGAAACAAAAGUUGGCAGAGCAACUGCGUGACGCCGUGCACGAAACGGGCUUCUUCAGUGUCAUCGGUACAGGGUUUACUCAAGCUGAAGUCGAUCGACAAUACGAUAUUGGCCAAGCUUACUUUGAACUCCCUCUCGAAGAAAAAGGCAAUCCAAAGUAUAGAUGCGAUUUUGCCCAAGGCAAUUACUUUGGAUACCGCGCAGCAAACGAGAAGAAAAUCAUGGGCACUGAUAUCCUGGACAAUGUCGAAUCAGUGAACAUUCCAAAAUUCAUUCCUCAAAAUGCGAGUGAACCAUUCCAUCCUUUCUUGCGCCAAUACAACACCGAAAUCGAGGAUUUCUCGCGUCGCUCUCUAGCUUUGGCGGACAAGAUAUUCACCCUCUUCUCGAUCAUUCUCGAACUCCCGGAAGACUACUUCUCAAAACAGCAUCUCUACAAAGACCAAAGCGAAGAUCAUUUGCGCUAUAUGAUCUAUCGCCCACGAAGUGCGGCCGAUGACGCCAAAGUGCAAAACACAUGGUCACGUGCACACACGGAUUUCGGCUCUCUGACGUUACUCUGGAGCCAAAACGUUGCAGGACUGCAGCUCAAGACACCAUCUGGGGAGUGGAAAAGUGUGCCGCCAGUCGAUGAUGGAAUAAUUUGUAAUGUCGGGGAUACUUUGGACUUUUGGUCAGCAGGGUUCUUGAAAUCUACAAUCCAUCGGGUGGUACGGCCCCCGAGCGAUCAGGCACACAUCCAUCGUUUGGGACUGUUUUAUUUCGUUAGACCAGGGAAUGAAGUUGAUAUCAAGCCGGCUGCUUCGCCCUUGUUGAAGCGACUGGGGCUAGUCGGAGAGGAUGCGGAGAACGAGAAGCCGGUGAGGGGAUUGGAAUACGUGCGGGAGAGGGUAAAGAACUAUCAUAAUCACAACGACUACGCUGAUAUGAAAGGGAAGAAGUUCAAAGUUGGGAACCUGGAAAUUGAGGAUGAAGCAGCUUGA